UCUCAUGUUCGAUCUCCGUGUUCUCUCUGUCCGUGUAUGUACACCUCAACGCACUUCGAUGUCCACAGCGGUGGACAUCGCUCGUUGUCGUGACCAUUAGUAGCCUUUCUCUGUCCCUUCGACGAAUCCUACGCUCACACGCUUCACAUCGAACCCCACCUUCUCCCUGUCGCUUCCGUCUCCCCCACUGACCCACUUGCUAAGGUUUCCUCCUCCAUCGCCAUUCGCCAGCACCCAGAAAGGAACCGAGGAGAAGGGGACGAAAAAAAGCAGAGGCCAGAGCCAAAAGCGACUGAGAGUGGAACGGAAAGAUCUCGCAUGAUAAUCGAUGGUCGAUGCUCCCUCGAGUCGCACUGAUGGCCUGACGGAGAAUUUGAAGGAGGGUGUUGUGCGCGAGUGUCUGUAAUUGAAGCGGCUUCGUCUUUUUUCUUCUUCUUCCGAGAGCCCGCCUCAUGGAUCAAGAAAAGAUGCAUGGCGUUCUUCAAAAGUCCCAUAGCGAUGUUCAGCCUGUCUCUGACAGUGGGAAUACUUCCUUGCUGAUGAAAUCUUCAUUUUGGAAUAAUUUCAGAAAUUCAGAGGACCAGGCACGAUCUGUUCUUUGGGGGAUCUCCAAUCAAAGGUGUACUGUGUUGACCUUCCUUACCCUUGAAUCUGAUGGAACUUGGAGAGUUGUCACUGUACCUCUUCAAUAUCCUGAACAGAGAGGCCUCCUGCUUUAUGGUGCUCACAUAAACGUGGAUAGUCUGCACCCAAUAUUUAGCCAAGCUAUUAAUGCAUCUAAUAAUAAUCGACGAAAAGCACAGAAAGGGCCUCCAGGUGGUGGGUCUCUCUUAAUGCACUCGAGUACAGUGAGAAAGUCUAUUCAAUCAGAUGCGAGAUGCCAAUCUCGUAAAAAGGCUUUGCCAAACAAACCUUUCGCUGAAUAUUCUGGCUGUAACUAUGGUCUGAAUUCUUCAACCUCUGAUUGUGAUCCUCGUUUGCUUCAAGGAGACCCUUGUGCAAAUGAUUCCACUGUGGAGCUUACGGAAGGAGACAAGGCUGACAAGGCUACAAGCAAAAUUUCGAGAAAUAAAGCAAGAAGAAAAGGGAAACACAGAAAAAGGCUUCCAUUUAAUGGUGGUUCGAGGGAAUUGGUUUUAGCUGAGGAUUAUGACCAUGGAAGCUCAAUAUCUAGAACCUAUGAUGUGAAAAAUGAGGUUGAUGGUGAAGACACAGCACCAUGUCGGACUGCUUCAGAACUUCGGCUCAAAGCUGCUAGAGUCCCAGAAAAUUGUGCUGAUGACGAAAAGAGUGAAGGCAUCGACUGCUCUCAAACACCACAGACGAGCAUCUCUAAUUCUAAUGGAAGAGACACAUCUGAGACUGCUGCCGCUCCUCUAGUUCAGAAUACUCAUGGGGAAAAUGCUAGUUUCAACAAUGGGCAUAAAUUCAAAGGAGAUUCUCGUGAUCGUUGCGAAGAGAUGAGGCAAGAGAAUUUGGAGAGCGGUAUCAUUAUGCCACUGGUUGUGCCUUGCUGUGAUAAUAGGGUGAAUAAAUUAGAAUCAAACAGUUCUAGUGCCUGUAAAAUGGGGAGUGUUGGGAAUUCACAUCAACAUGCUGGGAAAGGUAAUAGUUAUCCUGUUUGGCAGAAGGUACAGCAGAAACAUGACCAUGAGUGCGUCGAUGACCCGAAGAAAUGUUCUACCGAGUCAAAAAUCGACACUUCCUGGAGAAAGGCUCCGUUGCUUAAACAAAAUGGCAAAGUUGCUGAGGGAAAUAUGGAAUUUAGAAAUGAAAAUAAGCAGCAGCCACAUCCUGCAUUUUUGCGUAAACUGAAACGAAAAGGUUCUUUAGAUUCAAAAAUUGAAUCUGAUGACCAUUCUAGGAAGGGAUCCUUCACUAACAAGGCCAAGCUCGAAAAAUCAAGUGCUUCCACAAAGAUCCGGCCAUAUAUGAACAAAACUUCUAUGCCAUCUCAAGUGAAUCAAAAUGAAGGGGAGACUGAAUCAAAAUCUGUCUCUCAGAAACCGCCAAAGACCUUUUACAGUGAUGCUCCUAUCCUGGACGAUGAAGAUGCAAAAGAUGAGGAUAGUUCAUUACCAGUAUGCUGCACUCAGUCUAACCAUGUCAAUCAUUCUGAGCUUCAAUUUUCAGCAUCAGUUCCCCGUCUUUUAGCUGAUGAAAUUUCUCUGCUAGGAAAAGAAGUUUCUGUAGCUGACUGUAGUAAGCAGAAGUGUAGCUCUGGAUCUCUUACGCAGAAAUGGGUGCCUGUUCGCAUGAAGAAUCCUCUAUCAACAGACCCCAUCAGAUCCGAAAGUUGUCUGGGUCAUUCUCGCGAUGCAACUGUUGAAGACGAGACUUUACUAUUUUUCAAAGAUAAAAUAGGCUCAAAUGAUGAAAAUGAUAUUAAAACAGGAGUUACGUGCAGGUUCGAGGAGUCUAGUAAGGAGAAUUAUCCUCCCUGUGAUGAUGAAAGUCAGGUUGAGCCCUUGACAAAUGAGAAAUCAAGCAUGCUUAAAGAGCAGAACCACAAGCUUGUGCCUUGUAGCUUCUCAAGGGGUGAAUCAGAAAAUCAGAAAACCUCUGUUAUUCAAAUUCAUCUAGACAAGAUAACAAGGGCUAUACAAGAAGCAUAUAGGAUACAGAUGGCAUCAGAAGCUGUUCAUCUUGUAACAGGUGGACCCAUUGCUGAGUUUGAGAGGCUGCUACAUUUUUCUUCUCCAGUUCUUUGCCGAUCACAGGUUACGGCUGGUUGUAAGACUUGCCCAAGAGACUGGGUUGUUGGCUCGUUACUCUGCCAGCAUGAGAGACCCAAUGUAUCUUUGGAAUGGCUGUGGCAGUGGUACAAGAAACAUACAAGUUACGGGUUGGAAGUUAGGGGUGAAGAUUUCAUUAACUCAAAUAGAAUAGGUGUUGAUCGUUUUGCGUUUCGUGCCUACUUUGUUCCUUAUUUGUCAGCUGUCCAGCUGUUCAAGAAAUGCAGCAUCGGAUCAGCCUGCAGCAUAAAUGGGGUUCCCAGAUCUGAGUUGGAGCCUAAUGAAAGAUCUGAAAAAUCUAUUCUCAGUGGCCUUCCCAUGUUCUCAUUACUAGUACCUCAGGCUUGUAAUGGAGGUGCAGGCAACUUUCUUUGUGCAAACGAGGUGUCUACUUGUCAACCUUCAAUUUCUGGAAAUAAUAUGUCCAGUCCUACUGACAAUGAGCAGUUUAAGGAUUUAGAACUGCUUUUUGAGUAUUUUGAGAUGGAGCAACCUCAGCAUAGGCAGCCUUUAUAUGAUAAGAUCCAAGAGCUUGUUGGAGGUUGUGGGCCAUCUCGUUCCAGAAUUUAUGGAGAUCCUUCAAAACUAAUCUCUGCAAAUCUAUGUGAUUUGGACCCAAGAUCAUGGUACUCAGUCGCGUGGUAUCCCAUCUACAGGAUUCCUGAUGGUAAUUUUCGUGCAGCAUUUCUGACGUACCACUCCCUCGGGAAUUUGGUUCAUAGAGAAGCCGCUUUUGAUUCUGUCAAUGUGAACCCUUGUGUAGUAUCUCCCGUAGUGGGUCUGCAGAGUUACAAUUGCCAGAGUGAGUGCUGGUUCCAGUUGAAGCCCUCUGCACUAAGCCAGAGAAAGGAAGUCUUGAGCUUAGAUCCGUCUAAGAUCCUGGAGGAGCGGUUGAGGACGCUCGAGGAGGUAGCUUCGCUGAUGGCCACAGCUGCUGUCACUAAAGGAGAUUGUAGCACUGUGAAUCGACAACCUGAUUACGAGUUUUUCCUGUCCAGAAGACGCUAGUGAACUACGCGGGUGUUGCCGUCGGCAUUGACAGAUGUGAAAUCAGGAAAUUCAGUUAGGAGAAGAAAAUAACACGAAGGAUAUGAUUUACACUUCUUUUUUUCGACUUUCUUAGUCAUUGUUGUUAUUUUUCUCACUUUCUCUGAAUGUAUAGAUUUUGCCAUUUUUGUACGUAGUAUCGAUGUACAUUUUCCCCCCCUUGCUGUAAGAAACGCGUCUUUUUUUGGACUAAUGGAGUGUAAGUAGGGCAAUCCUAAUGUCAAAUCAGUACUUUGAUUCAAAUACAGGUCAAAUUCAGCACUCUCUUCA